CACGGUGGCUACUUGAACGAAAACGGGGGAAGCUUGCUCAAGAACCGGUAGGGCUGUAUUCGGGACCUCAGCAUGCCACAAUACAAAUGGUGAGCGUGGGCGCAAAACAACUGUAUUCACCUCCUGAACGGCGAUAGUUGACAGCCACGCCCCGUUUUCAGCGACCGGAGCCCGUACAAAAGUGCUGGCGGAGGUGCAACGGUGAGCGGUUUGAAACCCAGCAGGGCGGCUAGCGGGCUCACAGCGGAGAGGAACCAGCAGCAGCGGCGGCGUCGGCUGUUUUAGGCACCAUGAGAGAGUACAAAGUAGUGGUUCUCGGGUCCGGGGGCGUCGGUAAAUCGGCACUAACCGUCCAGUUCGUGACGGGAUCUUUCAUAGAAAAAUACGACCCCACGAUAGAGGAUUUUUACAGGAAGGAGAUUGAGGUGGACUCCUCUCCGUCCGUCUUGGAGAUCCUGGACACGGCUGGGACCGAGCAGUUCGCCUCCAUGCGAGACCUGUACAUAAAAAACGGCCAGGGUUUUAUUCUGGUCUACAGCCUGGUGAACCAGCAGAGCUUCCAGGACAUCAAACCGAUGAGGGAUCAGAUCAUUCGGGUGAAACGGUACGAAAGAGUGCCGAUGAUUCUGGUUGGAAACAAAGUGGACCUGGAGGGGGAAAGGGAGGUUUCGUCCGGUGAAGGGAAGGCUCUGGCGGACGAGUGGAACUGCCCGUUCAUGGAAACUUCAGCCAAAAAUAAAAGCUCUGUGGACGAACUGUUUGCAGAAAUAGUCCGACAGAUGAACUAUGCCUCAACACCAAAUGGCGACGACCAGUGCUGCUCGUCUUGUGUUAUUCUUUAAGGAAAAUGGACAAUCACAAAGUUUUCUUUGCUCGGUUUUAAGUUUGCAAUGUGUGUUGCAGCAAGUCUGUACUGUUGAGCUCUUCUUCGUGUCUUGCCCUGCCCUUGGAGGAAAAUGAAGGGAGGAAUGCUGCAGGGGGACGAGGAGGAGGGGGAGCAACUGAGACAGGGAGGGGUCCACUCUUCAGGAAUUCUGCUGGGUUGGAGUAUCUGUACUGCACGAUCAGUGUCCGCCAUUGAUGUCAACACAGUGUCAGAUCCAGAGUUUCAGCCUCACCCCCCCCCCCCCCCCCCCCCCCCCUCACCGGUUCCAACUGUACUUCCAACUGGAACUACAUCCCAAUGGAAAAGAUGGAAAGAAACACUUAAAGAAAACUCAUAAAUGGAUAUUUCUGUAUGAGAAGAACACAGGGAGAUAGAGUAUAUAUUUUGUUAAGUAACUGCACAGUCUGGGACAGAUAAAGAGUUGGGCCGCCUGAUCUAAUUUGGAGCAAUGCUCCACAACACUCCAAAUCCUGCUUUCUUUUCCAAAGUCAGAAGAAAUUGACGCCACGUCUCUGGUGGUGGAGAAAAUGUGACGAGUGCCACAUCUUGUUUUUGUUUUUUUACUUCACUUUCUCUUUAAGUGUGUGAGAGGACCCUAACUGAAGUGACACAAGGACACUGACCCGAUCGCCCUUGUGUCAAGUGCCUUUCCGAAACAAAUCAGCUGUUCAGAUUUAGUGCCAACCCACAACCAAAACAACCCUUCAACAUCACAAUCCACAAACUAGUGAACUCUUCUACUGGAUAGUGUCGUAAGGAUGGAAGCUGACGAUGACAAACUACAGCAGGCUUCUCUUGAAUGGAAUGGCAGUUUUCUGUUUGUUUUACUUUGGCCUUUUUGAAGUCUAAGGUGUUAAUUUUUGCAAUGUCCGCUUGGUCUGGAUAAACCCAUGUCUUGAAAUGCACAGGUACUGGAACCCCUUAGACAUGAUAACAACACUCGACACUUAAUUUCCAGGCCAAUCAAUUCAAAGGAGUUCUGUUUUGUUCCGUUCCUUUUGUUGUUUUUAACAGGAAAUGUGAUAAUGUACCAUUGACAAAUCUAACCUGAUUGUAAGUUUAAUUUCAGACCAGCCAUUUAACAGUUGGCUGUUUUGAGAAAAAAAAAAGACUUUUAAUACA